AUCAAAAUCUAGUGUUAUCUUUGUAUAAAUUUUUGUUUCUUUUAUGCUAAAAUGUCCGAAAAUUCCCGAAUGCUAGAACUAGAUUCUAUUAUAAGUAAUGUUUUUGGCCGAGACACUUAAUAGUUUAACUUCAAUUCGGUUACUGAAGUUGUAUAUGAAAGAUUAAUAUUAGUAUUAUGUUUGUUUUGAUAAGGUGGUCAUUGGGAAAAGAUUUCGGAAACAGCCAAUCUCCGACGGGAGUGGCAGAGAGUGAAGAACUCUACUCACAAACGGCGUUGUUCCAUCUUAUAAGGUCAUCUUCUUGUGCUGCGAGGGACUUAAAAGACCCAAGAUUUCACUUAAAAGGCCCUAGUCUGAGACCAACAUGCAAGCAGCUUCUUAUUGUUAUCCUCUUCUUCACUUUUCUGGAAGGUCUCUCUCUUGGCCUCGUAUGCAGGUAUAGUACAGUGACUAAUCACGCAAGAGUAAACUUUUUGAGCUUUAAUUGCGUUCCCCAGAAAUUUGACUUUAAUCAAGGAGCUCAGAUCCAGAAGGUUAUAAAAUCUUCCAAACCGAAAAGGUUCUAUGUGAUUCCUAACUCUACUGAUGGUUAUCCAAGUCUAUCUGUUUCUGAAGAGGACACAACUACGUCUAAAAUGGACGCAUCUAUGGUGGAUGAAUGGGAAAAUGGAGUAGAAACGUUCUUGAGCAAGUGGUCACCUCCCAGGUACUUAUGGAGGGGAUUAUCAGUUUUUAUUUUGGCAGGGCAGGUUAUUACUAGGAUCAUAAGGGGUAAAAUCCACUGGAGGAAUACUCUUCAACAGUUGGAAAGAGUUGGACCUAAGUCAGUUGGUGUCUGUCUGUUAACUGCAGCUUUUGUUGGCAUGGCCUUCACUAUCCAAUUUGUUAGAGAAUUCACUAGGUUAGGGUUAAAUAGAUCUGUUGGUGGGGUUUUGGCCCUUGCCUUUUCAAGAGAGCUAAGUCCAGUUGUCACAGCAGUUGUAGUUGCUGGGCGUAUCGGUAGUGCAUUUGCUGCCGAACUAGGCACCAUGCAGGUAUCUGAGCAGACAGACACGUUGAGAGUUCUCGGUUCAAAUCCUGUUGAUUAUUUGGUGACACCAAGAGUGAUUGCUUCUUGCAUUGCCUUACCAUUUCUGACCCUAAUGUGCUUUACAGUUGGAAUGGCAUCCAGCGCCCUUUUAGCUGAUGGUGUUUAUGGAAUUAGCAUAAACAUAAUCUUGGAUUCUGCUCAGAGAGCUCUUAGGUCAUGGGACCUUAUCAGUGCGAUGAUUAAAUCACAGGUGUUUGGUGCUAUUAUAUCCAUCAUAAGCUGUGCUUGGGGGGUCACCACACUGGGAGGUGCCAAAGGGGUUGGCGAGUCGACUACUUCAGCCGUAGUUUUAUCUCUUGUUGGCAUAUUCAUAGCUGACUUUGCUCUCUCUUGUUGUUUCUUCCAGGGUGCUGGCGAUUCCCUGAGGAAUUGUGUGUGACAUUUCUUAAGUUUUCCAUUUAUUGAAGUUUCAAUAUGUUAAAAGUUGUAGCCGCCGCCAACAACAACAACAUGCCCAGUGUAAUCCCACAAGUGGGGUAUGUUAAAGUUGUAGCCAUGUUAUUUUAUGGUUUCGAGAUACUUGACACUGAUGAAUCAAGGAGAAAUGGAUGUAUGUUAGUAGGAAGUCGCUUCUGAAGCAAAUCUAGUUUUGGUACCCUUUUCGAUUGAA